AUGAUAAUCCCAAAANAUUUAAAUGAAAAAAUAGUUCAUGAUGUCAUUUCCUUUUAUUAUCCUUAAUUUUCUUAGCUAAAGAUUUACAAAAAUUGGAAAAGAGAUAUCACUAAAGUUUAUCUUUAAAAUUAAGAACUCGAUUUAAAAAAAUUCAUAGCAUUUUAUCAAAAUAUUAAAUAAAAGAUAGAACAAAAGCUUACAUUUGUUAAUUUGCUUUAUGAGAUUUCAAGAGUUUAUAUUUUAAUUCGUGCUAACAAAUUAAAAUGUGAAAUAAAAAAAUCUCAUCUUAUAGGAUUAAGACUUGAACAUUUGGAAUUAAAUAAUUUUCCCUUAGAACCAUCUCCUAGAUCUUGCUGUAGUUCUAGAGAAAUUGAGGAGCAAACGCUGAAUGAUGAAGAUAUUACGAUUCUUUCUUUAUACGAACGUUAAAUUUAGGCCAAAAAUCCUUUUCCUGAUGAAGAAGCUGAUUUAAUCAAUUUCUAUGAUAUAAAUAAAAUAAAAUAGUGA